GCCCUCCCUUUCCCGUGCCAUGGACACACGGAUCUACCGCUUAAAGAAAUGGACAAAUUAUUUAUUUUGGUACCAGCAUCGCUGUUUCGAAAUCAAGGACAUGUGGCUUCACUAUUACUGGGACACAGAUGACAUUGGCAGGGUUGUCCGGGGCAGUAUGAACCUCCACAGUGUCAAAGCAACCAGAGUCAACUCCAGAACUCUGCAUCUGUCCAGCCGGAACCUGACAUACUACCUGAAGUCAGACAGUGAGAAGGACAUGCAAGACUUUAUCUGUGGUCUUCAGGAGAUGGAUGUCCUUGUGUCUGACACGUAGAGAAGAAGCAUUCUGUGCUCAGCAAUGGAUUAAUUCUAUUUUUUUUGUUGGUGUUGAGAAAAUGAUGAAAAGCUGUAUUUUUAACUGUUACUGACGAUUCCUUAAACCAUGGAAAUAGAAAAAUAUUUUUAAUGGUCUGUUACUGCACGGCUGAAAGAAAGUAUUAUUCAGCAUUCUCUGCUUACUUGCAAGAUAGCAAUAAAGCGUGUUUCCAACAACAAGGUGUGUUGGAAAAUUUAGAACAAGAACUACAGUAUUUAGCUUUGAAAACAUGAUAUCAUUUGCAACUGGUGAUGCAAACACUGGCUUUGGAGAAGCUCUAUUCAAUAGUUACUGGAAAAUGGGAAUGUACAUUGGCUUUAUGUCACACAUUUGCACAGGCACUUCAAAACACUAAAAAGGUAUCACUUGAUUUUGAAUGUUUUCGACUGACAUGUUUUCAUCAGCUUGUUUUCAUUUACCAAGCUUUCCAGACUUUCAGAAUAAAGGUUUGCAUUUUUA